AUGUCCACGCAACAGGGUCAAGAUGCCAAGUUCUUCCAGCGCGGAAAGAUCGAGGAGUUCCGCGCUGAGCUGCAAGCCGCGGAGGCAAAGGAUAAGAAGUACCAGAAACGAAAGACCGUCCUGAAGAAGAUUGUGGCAAACAUCACGAUGGGCAAUGACAUGUCACCUCUAUUUCACGACGUAAUUCAAUGCAUUGGAACCCCGUUGUUAGAGAUUAAGAAGAUGGUAUACCUUUUCCUCGUCAGCUAUGGGCGCUCGAAACCAGAUCAGAUACACCUCGUCAUUCCUAGUUUCCUACAGGACUGUAGCGAUCGUAACCCUCUCAUACGAGCACUCGCAAUCCGAACAAUGUCCUAUAUUCCCAUACCUGUGGUCACAGAAGCACUCGGUGAUCAACUACGACAUUGUCUCAAAGAUCGUGACCCAUAUGUUCGCAAGACUGCUGCGAUAUGUGUAGCGAAGGUCUAUACUGCUGACCCUCGUAAAGCCGAACGUAAAGGCUUCGUCGAACUUCUAAGAGACAUGUUAAUUGAUGAGAACGCAACUGUGGUUGCAAACGCUGUGGCGGCAUUAUCGGAAAUCGGAGAUCGUCAAGACGGCGUCAUAUUCAAGCUCAACUUGACCAUUGCGAACAAACUCCUCGGAGCAUUAGGCGAGAGCUCUGAAUGGGGUCAAAUUUAUAUCCUUGAUUCUUUGUUGCGUUAUGUUCCAGAGCAGCACGCAGACGCCGAAAUGAUGGCUGAGCGUGUAAUAGUGCAAUUACAACAUGCCAAUUCUGCUGUGGUGUUGACGACCAUCAAAGCUCUGCUGUACUUGAUGAAUUACAUAGGUGAUCGUCGAUUGAUAGACUACAUCUGCAGAAAAAUGGGCCCUCCACUUGUUACAUUACUUUCUUCUGGUCCUGAGGUCCAAUACGUUGCCCUUCGAAAUAUUUUGUUGAUCAUUCAACGGCGACCUACUGUUCUCAAGAACGAUGUCAAGGCCUUCUUCUGCAAAUACAAUGAUCCAAUAUAUGUCAAGCUUGCCAAGCUCGAGAUAAUGUACCGCCUUGCUCGGGAAGAAAAUGCCCGAGAAGUUCUAGCUGAGCUAGAAGAAUAUGCUUCUGAGGUGGACGUUGAUUUCGUCCGGAAGGCUGUCCGGUCAAUAGGUCGUCUCGCCAUCAAAGUGGAACCUGCUGCAGACAAGUGCAUAGAAUCAUUGCUCAAGCUCAUCGAGACAAAAGUGACUUAUGUCGUCCAAGAAGCAGUAAUCGUCACCAAGGAUAUUUUCCGAAGGUACCCUGGAAAGUACGAGGGUAUUAUUCCAAAACUUUGUGAGAACCUUGAUGCAUUGGAUGAACCCGAGGCGAAAGCUGCCAUGGUAUGGAUAUUGGGCCAAUUCGCGGACAAAAUAGAUAACGCCGAUGAACUUCUGGAUGACCUUGUGUACAGUUUCCUGGAUGAACCAGCUGAGGUCCAACUCGCACUUCUCACAGCUGUCGUGAAGCUUUUCAUUUACAAGUCGCAAUCUGAGGUUACGAAAGCGCUUGUUCACAAAGUAUUAAAGUGGGCGACGGAAGAUAUUGAUAACCCUGACUUGCGAGAUCGUGGUUUCAUGUAUUGGCGUAUGCUCGCGAUGAAUCCGGCCGUGGCUGCAGAGAUUGUGCUUGCAGAAAAGCCUGCGAUCACGACUGAUUCAGAUCGCAUGGAUCGUGGGGCUCUUGACCAACUCUUACUGCAUACUGGCACACUCGGAAGCAUAUAUCACAAGAAUCCAGAGACAUUCAUUCGAAAUGCAGCGGGUAGAGCACUGAUUGACAGCCCUGCGUUGAACGCGAACUCCAGGGCGGUGCUCGUUACCCUAGCGCGACCGCAACUUCCACCAACGGUCAUCAGUGUAUCAGGACCUGGUCCUGUUGAACCUACGCGGCCAUCACAACCCGGUGAAGCAGCAGAUAAUGUACCUCUACCGACUAUUAUGGAAUCUUCACGGAGUGAUGAACGGGAUUUACUAGAUAUUGAAGGUGAUGAUGGGGCGGGUGGCGACAGCGGAGAGGGGUACCCGGACGGUGAUGAUGAUGGCCCGGUCACCAAAGCUGCAGAUCCAUAUGCUUCUUGGGUGGUGCGUUUGGUGGUUACGUGA